AUAAACAACAGUAACAUGCUCGUCUCAUGGUGGUAUCUCUACCUGGGCGCGCAAAGCCUCUACAGACAAGUGUUGAAUAUGGCAUCAGUCCUGCAGAAGCUCAUCACUCCUCUGUUCAGCGGGCCGGCUGAACCGCCGAGGAACAAAGUGACGGUGGUCGGCGUGGGACAGGUUGGCAUGGCCUGUGCCGUCAGCAUUCUGCUGCGGGAGCUGGCGGACGAGCUGGCGCUGGUGGACGUGGUCGAGGACAAACUCAAGGGAGAGAUGAUGGACUUACAGCACGGGAGUCUCUUCCUAAAGACGCCCAAGAUCGUCUCAGGAAAAGAUUACUCUGUGACGGCCAACUCUCGUAUCGUGGUGGUAACGGCAGGCGUUCGUCAACAGGAGGGCGAGAGCAGACUGAAUCUGGUGCAGAGAAACGUCAACAUCUUCAAACACAUCAUCCCUCAGAUCGUCAGAUACAGUCCCAACUGCAUCCUCAUUGUAGUGUCCAACCCAGUGGACGUUUUGACCUAUGUGACCUGGAAGCUGAGCGGCCUGCCGAAGCACCGCGUCAUCGGCAGCGGAACCAACCUGGACUCGGCUCGCUUUCGUUACCUGAUGGCCGAGAGGUUGGGCAUCCACUCCAGCAGCUUCAAUGGAUGGAUUCUGGGAGAACAUGGAGACUCCAGCGUUCCUGUUUGGAGCGGCACUAAUGUGGCAGGAGUCAGUCUGCAGAAACUCAAUCCAGACAUUGGCAAAGACACGGACAGAGAGAACUGGAAAGAAACGCACAAGAAGGUCGUGGACAGUGCUUAUGAGGUGAUCCGACUGAAGGGUUACACUAACUGGGCCAUCGGCUUGAGUGUGGCCGACCUGACCGAGAGCCUCAUGAAGAACCUGAACCGAGUCCAUCCCGUUUCCACCAUGGUGAAGGGUAUGUACGAUCGGGACGAGGUCUUCCUGAGCCUGCCGUGCGUGUUGAACAGCGCUGGAGUGGGCAGCGUGGUCAACAUGACUCUGACCAGCGACGAAGUCGCGCAGCUGAAGAAGAGCGCAGACAUGCUGUGGCACAUCCAGAGAGACCUUAAAGAUCUGUGACGCGAACUCACAACCAAGAGCUUUCAUUCACAGCGUCACAUGUUUGAUCACUGCUUGAGCGCUUCACUGGAGGAUUUUUUUUUAAAAUAUCUAGUAUUACAUAAUUAAUCGUACUAUCAAAUGAUUUAGGGGUCUGAAUUUACAUUUACAUAACACAUGACUGUCACAUUAGCACUUUGUUUGAAAGUAGAUCUUGGUGUCUGAAAGCUUACGGUGAAUAUUAUACGCUACAAGUCAAAAAGUUUGGACACACUUGACUGAAUUGAUGUUUCUUAUGAUCCUAAAAACCUUUUAAUCCAAACGUUUCUGAUCAAAUUAGCUUUGUAGACAAAUAUAAAUUGUGCCAACAUUUGAAUUAAUUUGCAAAACUAACAAUUUUUUAAUCAAAAAAUGCAUGGAUUGUGAAGGAAAAGCAUCAUCAAGCUUUUAAAGGAUUAGUUCACUUUCAAAUUAAAUUUUCCUGAUAAUUUACUCA